AUGGUCCAGUUUGGCCUCUGGCAGGCCAAGUACACGGCCAUGCUUGCCACCUUCUUUAAGGUUGUGCUUUAUUUACACGGGCAAACAUUUACUGUAUGUGAGAUCAAAAGUCCUUUAUCUGGCAUGUUUGUGUUCAAGUUCACUGUGGGUCUCCUGGCUCUGAUGUUGGUGUCCUCUGCUUGGGCUGAGGAACUGACUGAGGCACCUAAAGAUUCUCAGACCAUGAGAAAUAAGAUUCUCCUGUCUGAUGAAACCAAGAUUGAACCCUUUGGCUUUAAUGCCAUGCGUCACAUCUGGAGGAAACCUGGCACCAUCCCUACGGCGAUGGGUGGUGGUGGCAGCAUCAUGCUACUUAACGGAUCCGAUGUUCUUUUUACAGAGAAUGUUGCUGAGGAAGACACCUCGGCUGAGCUCUCUGUUGGUGAGCUGCUGGCCAGAGCCAACAGGGAUCUCACCCCCGAAGCCGAUGAGCCUACUCUGAUGGGAGACGUUGCCAUGCCCUCGGAGAAGAACGCUGACCCCUGCACCGCCCGCGGAUGUCUGUGGCAAAAGUACAGUGACGGAAACAUCUGGGUGCCCUACGUCAUUGCCAACCACUUCUCAUCUCGCGAAGUAGCUAUCAUCCUGCGGGGUCUUGACUCCUUUGCCGAAACCACCUGCAUCCGCUUUUUCCAGCGCCAAAAUGAGAGGGACUACCUCAGCAUUGAGAAUCGCAGCGGGUGCUACUCUUAUGUUGGCCGUCGGGGUAAUGCCCAGACUGUGUCCCUGGCCCGUCAGGGCUGCCUGUACCACAGCACCGUCCAGCAUGAGCUCCUCCAUGCCCUGGGCUUUAACCAUGAGCAGACCCGCAGCGACCGUGACAACCACAUCCGUGUCGUCUGGGAGAACAUCAUUGAUGAGUAUAAGUACGCAUUCGAAAAGAUUGCCACCCUGAACCAGGGAACUUCCUAUGACUACAACUCUGUCAUGCAGUACCACAGGUACGCCUUCUCGAAGAACAACCACCCCACCAUGGUGCCCUUCCCCAACAGCAACGUGUCUUUCGGCGAGGCCACUCAGAUGAGCAAGAACGACAUCGACAGGCUGAACAGGCUGUAUGGCUGCUAAACAGUUGGAUACCUGUGGUCUCACUUCCGAUGGACUCAAGAUCAUUCCGCUGAAGGAGUAGAGUGACCUCUAGUGGUAGAACUGUUAGAAUGUAAUUUGCUUCAAAACAUCAAGACUGCA